AAAAAAAAAAAAAAAAAAAGGGAAAAAAAAUCUCAGUUCUGCUCCCUCUGUCGAUCAGAGAUCAAAGCAAGCUUUCACCAUUUACCAAUGGCGUCGAGGUACUGGAUGGUUUCCCUCCCCGUCCAGAGCUCCGCCGCCUCCCUCUGGAGUCGCCUUCAGGACUCAGUCUCCAAACAAGCUUUCGAUACUCCUCUCUAUCGAUUCAACAUCCCCGAUCUCCGCGUCGGAACCCUAGAUUCCCUUCUUGCCCUCAGUGAUGAUCUGCUCAAGUCGAAUGCUUUUAUAGAGGGAGUUUCGCACAAGAUCCGGCGGCAGAUUGAGGAGCUGGAGAGGGCUUCGGGCGUCGAUGGCGGGGCUCUGACAGUUGAGUCGGCCUGUUGAUUUCCUAUCGUUACAAGAUUUGUCUGGGACGAAGCGAAGUACCCGACAAUGUCGCCGCUUCGGGAGAUUGUUGAUGGAAUUCAUGUCCAAAUAGCCAAAACUGAGGAUGACAUGAAGGUCCGAGCUGCAGAGUACAACACUGUCCGUGGUCAACUUAAUGCAAUAAACAGAAAGCAAACUGGAAGCUUAGCUGUUAGGGACCUUUCUGACUUAGUGAAGUCAGAGGAUAUUAUUACCUCUGAGCAUUUAGUGACACUCCUUGCAGUUGUUCCCAAGUACUCUCAGAAGGAUUGGUUGUCAAGCUAUGAAACUUUGACUACAUACGUGGUUCCUAGGUCUUCCAAAAAGCUGCAUGAGGACAAUGAAUAUGCUCUCUAUACUGUAACACUCUUCAUAAAGGUUGCUGACAACUUUAAAACAAGCGCACGCGAAAAAGGUUUUCAGAUUCGUGAGUUUGACUAUAUUCCAGAAGCACAAGAGGAUAGAAAACAGGAGCUGGAAAAAUUAAUGCAGGACCAGGAUACCAUGAGAAGUUCUCUUCUACAAUGGUGCUAUGCCAGUUAUGGGGAGGUUUUCAGUUCCUGGAUGCACUUUUGUGCUGUUCGUGUUUUUGUGGAGAGCAUCCUUCGAUAUGGUCUACCACCAUCAUUUUUGUCUGCAGUAUUAGCACCACCAACAAAAAGUGAGAAGAAAGUUCGCAGCAUCCUGGAACAGAUUUGUGGAAAUUCCAACGGCACUUACUGGAAAUCCGAAGAAGACGCAAACAUUGCUGGUUUAGGAGGUGAAACAGAGGCUUAUCCUUAUGUUUCAUUCACAAUCAAUAUUACCUGAAAAAUUAAGGUACAAGUUGCGAUUCUACCAACUUCUGGAGUUUCGAGUAAUUAUUCUUAUAAGAAGAUAUCAAUGCAGCGGUCAUUGAGAAACAUAAUUUUUAUUGUAUAUUAGUAUCAAUUAUUUUUCAUGUGUACCCCCAUACUCUGCAUAAGAUGCUAAAUACGUUUUGUCAUAAGAUGUUUAUAGGUUUCAGUGGUUUUUCAAUAUCACGAAUUGUAAUUUUUUCUAGUCAAAACAGAUGGUCAUGAACCGAACCUCAGUCCUUGUAUUUUUAUGUUUCUACUCAAUAAGUUCACUCAAUAAGUUCAACCUGAAUUCAGGUUGAUGUCA